AUGUCAUGCCCAUCGUGCUCCAUAGCCGAAAUCGCUGGUCGCAUACUGGGCUUGUACAACCCUGGUGCAACCGACGAGAAGCCUGCGCUCAACCCCGACCACACCGUGAACUGGGUCAAGUGGCAUGAGCUGCUGAAGGAUUCAAAGCUCCCCUACAUGACCUUUGAUCCGCCCCAGAAGAAGGUAGGCUUCUCCAAAAGCUGCCGCAACUGCUAUUUCUUCCCGCCGAGGUCUUGGAUCGGGAAGGCCCCACCCUGCUGCUUCGCAGAUUGCCUCCAGCACCAAUAUGGCCCCUAUUCCCACCUCCAGAUCUCCGACGCGGAUGCGUGGCUCGGGAAGAUGCUCCAACGCGACGCUCCCAACUGUCCGGAUUUCCUCCGUGGCGUCUGGUGGAUGCGGGACAAUGUAGCAAACGAGACGAUGCUGACGUUUCAGGAUGGCGAAUGGAGACAAGAUGGGCGAGUAGGAAUGAAAGAUGCCGGAACGAACUGGACAACGGGCACCAGCAUGUUCGGAUCCCUGCUGGCAGCGAUCAAGAGAUUCCCUGUCACGUUCGAGAUCGAGCCUGGAGAGAACCCGAAGUGGAUGGGACUUCGGAACGGUGAUGACUGGAUAUAUCUCCUUGGAGAAGAG